UGACUCAUCAGAACCGCGCGAGCGUGUUUAUGAGUCAGCGGGUUUCUCUGUGACAUCAUAGGCAUCUAUGUUUACAUCGCGGCGUGCUCUGUAACUUUUGUUCCAAAGUUUUUGACGAAAAUGGAAGAUCGGGAAAAUAAUAUUGUUGAAUACGAUCGUCUAUCGUUACAAGAUUCAAGUGACAAUGGCUCUCCAAACAGAAAAGGCAAAAAAGGUAAAAAACUUGGUAUAUUCAGCUACAGAAGUCGUAAAACGGAACGAAAGAAAGAACAUUUUGUUAACGGUGAUUUCCAAAAAGAAGAAAUAAGUUCAACAUAUACAGAGGUACCCUGGUUUGUAACACAGGAGUCAAUACAUAGCACCCAUAUCACACAACGUGCACGCACAGGUUCCCAUUUACACCGGUCCCCCGCCAAGGAUGAUCGCAAACCACCAACACACAAGUUGCAUAUCAAGUUGAUUGGGGGGGAGGGGCUUGCUGCAAGGGAUUCUAAUGGCUUGAGCGACCCUUACGUGAAGAUACGCAUCAACAAUCGAACUGUGUAUAAAAGUAAAUGCUGCAAGUUAACCCUCGACCCACGAUGGGACGAAGACUUUGCGAUCGAGGUUGACAUGGAGGCGCACGUAGUGCUGCACGUGUAUGACAAAGACCGGGGGUUCACUGAUGACUUCAUGGGGGCUGCGGAAAUCGAUCUGGCAACACUGACGCAAAACCCUGAGGAGAUCAACCUCCAUUUAUCGGAUGAAAGCAGUGAAGAGGAAUUGGGAUAUAUCAAUAUUCAUGGUCAUCUUACAUCUGUCAAUCAUGAAGUCCCUGCUUUACAGCCUCAGCCAAUCAAAGAAGAAGUGAUCACCCAAGCGGAAACCCCGGUUUUAUCGGCCAAGAAAGAUUUCGGGACAAUGAAACGUAACCAAGGUUCAGUCCGCGGCACCCGCCAUUUAUUCCCGGUUGCCAUCGCCACCGUGCAGCUUGUGUCCGGUAGUAACCUCCCCGCACGAGACGCCAAUGGGUUCUCGGAUCCCUACGUUAAGUUGAUGCUUGGCAAGUGGAAGAAGAAGAGUAAGGUUUGCUACAAGACAUUGAACCCGCUAUGGAAGGAGGAAUUCACCAUCCAACUUUGUAAUAAAGAAACUUCUAUGUUGGAUGUUACUGUGUGGGAUAAAGAUUCUUACAGGAAAGAUGAUUUUAUUGGGAGAUGUGAUUUGGAUCUAUGGAACCUUGAGCGCGAGGUCACCCAUUCAUUAAAACUGAACUUACUCGAUACAACGGGUAGUUUAUUAUUCCUUAUCACUGUGCAUGGGGUGGAUGCUGGCGAGAAUACAUUGACGUCAUAUGACCUGGGGAACCUAAGGUCCAGAUAUAACAAGAUGAAAACCUUUGAGGAUUUAUCGGACAUUGGUUUUGCUGAGAUCAAGAUAAUAUCGGCAAGUGGUUUGCGAGCUGCUGAUAUUAACGGGAAAUCCGACCCGUUCUGCGUUGUGCAGUUGUGCAAUGCAAGAGCUCAAACACAAACUUGUUAUAAGACAUUGGACCCGGUGUGGAACAGGGUGUUUACUUUCCCCAUCAAGGAUGUGCACGAUGUGUUCGAGUUGUUCAUCUUCGACAGCGAUAACGUAACGGACCGUGAGUUCCUCGGUCGCGCCUCCAUUCCUCUGCUCAACGCUGUUAAUGGGGAGGAACAUGUUUAUGCAUUGAAAGAUAGAAAGUUGAGAGAGAGGACAAAAGGAAACGUGACGAUACAGAUCAGUUACAUUUAUAACCCCAUUCGCGCUGCGAUUCGUACUUUCACCCCACGGGAGGAGAAAUACAUGGAGGAGGAUUGUAAGUUCAAGAAAGCUCUUCUUCUCAACAACUUCCAACGUGUAUGGCGACUCGUGCAAAGUAUAAUCGCGACAGCUGAGUUCGUAAACUCCUGCUUCACUUGGAAGAAUCCUCGCAGAAGUGGAAUUGCUUUCCUUGCGUUUCUAGUCAUAGUAUGGAACUUUGAAUUAUACAUGCUCCCAAUAUCAUUGUUGAUGCUUAUCAUGAAAACAUACGUUGAUGUGUUCGUUAGACGCCAACCACUAGCGGCAGUAGAGAGUGGGAAGUAUAAUGAUGAUGAUGAUGAAACAGAGGACGAACCGAACAAACCAAGUUUAAUGCAACGAAUAUCCGCACUACAAGAUGUGCUGACCAAAGUUCAAAAUAUCCUGGAUUAUAUUUCAUCGUUCGGGGAGAGGGUGAAAAACACAUUUUCAUGGAGAGUUCCUUUCCUAUCAUGGCUUGCUGUUUGUAUAUUCUGCUUGGUGGCUUUAGUGUUAUAUUUGUUCCCACUGCGAGCCAUAGUUCUGUUAUGGGGAAUCAACAAGUUCACUAAGAGGUUGCGGAAACCAGAUUUCGUUCCAAACAACGAAGUGAUGGAUUUCUUAUCAAGAGUUCCUUCCCAUGUACAAAUUGAUGACUUCAGGGAAAUCCCCAUCGAACAAGGAUCACCUAGGAGUUCUAAAAAGAAACGAUGAUAAUGACAUCAUAAUGAAAGACUAUGAUGACAUACUUGAUGACAUCAUCACACUAUGACGUCACGUAUGUUGUUUUUAACAAUACUCAUGACUGUUAAUAUGAUCUUUAUUGUCAAUAUUUCAAUUCUUUUUUCCUUUUUUUUUUUGGUUUAUUUGACUUUAACACAGCAAUAAUAAUAAUUACCAAGUGCUGGAAAACAGGGAUUCCUAAACAUCACACCACGAAGUCUUUGAAUCCCUGUUUUUGAAUCACAAGCUUCCACACACCAUGUUCCUUAACAUUGCCCACCAUGGGCGCCAAACCUGGGGUGGCAGGGUGGGCAGGCCAACCCUGGAACUUUCCACACUGCGUAAUUUAGUAAACAUUACAACCAAUAAUUUAGAUUUGCUUCACAGGAUUGUGUGUCUAACUAUAUUCCUGCCUCCCCUGUGUUUUACAAAGUUUGGCGGCUACGUUGCCCAUUAUUGAGCUUGUAAUAUUUGUUCCCACAUUUACUUGUUAACAUGGCAUGUUAGGAUGGCACAACUGUACAUAAUGUAACUAUAUAGUAGGGUGGGGUAAGAUAGAUACUGUAAGCACAUAAUAUCAACAAUUUCCUGAAUCGUGUUUUAACAAGGCUCUUUCAGAGUUGUGUAAUAAAAAUAUUCUUUGUUUACCACCAAAUGGGACGAUAAGAGGGAAUGAAAACAUGUACCAUCUUGCCCCAACCUACUAUGGGGAUGUUAUGCAUUACUUAGCAAUGCUAGCACAUAGUAUCUUACAUAAAUAUCCUAAUUUUAUUUUCGUUCCCAACAAUAUAUAUUGCAUUCAUAGUUGUCUAUUAUACUGUAGUUGUCGUGUAGUUCCCAUGUUAUAACGCAGCAAUAUUUAAUGAAACCAAAGACUAUUCAACCUCAAAGACUUAUUUUUAACAAUAAUCAUAAUGUUUAUGUAAAAAAAACACAGAAAUAUCAAAUCUUGUUUUUAUUUACUCUGUAAUUCAAUUUUUUUUAGAAAUAUUUCUUUUUUUUCUUCUUUUUUAAGUAACAGUUAAAACUUUUUGCCGUAUAGUUGAAAGAUAAUUCUACACAGUUUUGGAUCUUUUUUAACAUAUUUGCAAACUUUUUUAAUAAUAAAACGCUGUCCAAAAUUACACAAAGUUUUGUUUUCAUUUAAAAAUUGUUGAUCUUUCUGUAAAGACAAAAUUGUGCUUCUUUAUUUAAAAUACUGAAUUGCGUUAUUUAUAAAUGUUUUUUCGCUCUUUUUUUGUUUUUUUUCCAAAUCGUUAAAAUGACCAAAUUAACAAAUUUUCCAUAAUGUUUCGUUAUUUUUAUUUUUUUUAUUUUUCUUUUAAAAUAGAAACAAUUUUAAAAAGAAAAAUCAUAGUAUCAACUAUUAAGUAAUAAUUUCAUUCAUAUUUUCUUAAAAUAAGAGUGCGGGAAUAUUUAUGGUUCCAGUUAAUAUUGAGUUGUUUUGCACACUUUACCUUCUAUAUCCCAAGCAGCCGCGAUCAACUUGUUUAGUUUUUUAAUAAAUUUCAGACUUUAUGAUGUAU